AUGAAUUGCAUUAUGACUAUGGGACACAUGCAAAAUUACCUAAGGAAUACACUAAUUAUAUUUGGAAAUACUAAUUUUGUUAAGUUAAAAAGACAUAUAUCUGUUUUAGCAAAUGAGUUAAAAAGUGGAAAUAUAUUUUUACACAAUGACAAAUAUUGUGAAGUAACUGAACAGAGGCAAAUUAAGCAGGGAAGACUUGCCACCACAAAUAUGGUAAAGCAGAUGUAUGAACAAAUCACCUUCAUAGACUUGAGCACCCUGAAGAGUUCAUCAGUUAAAUUUGCUUGUCAAGCAAAGGUAGAAAAGAUUGAACCAAAAAAAACAAAUGCACAAAUACAAUAUACAGAUAAACAGAAAAAUGUAGUUGUAUGUUUAGAUGAGAAUUAUGAAGAUAUUGAAGUACCUAUGAAUAUUUUUGGGGUUGCUGAAGAAUACUUGGAACCAGGUAUGCAAGUAAGCAUUUUUAAACAUGAGGAAAAAAUUGUUAAAGUUAAUUUACCUUCAUCCGUAUUAGCAGCAUUGAGAAAAAAAUAA